AUGGACAGUGUUCCGUCAAUGUCUAAUGUGUGGCUAUACAUGCCACAACGGAAUUCCGUUCUUCGCCUCAUACAACUCACUAAUUCGUUCUCAUCGGAUACUUGGCCGACUACACUCACAAUCUACCCCAUCUAUUGUGACAAAGUAUUCGAGAAUGAUCAGCCUUGGAUUCAUGUACUUCAACAGGUUGGAACGCUAGUUGUCCCCGGCGCGGGGGAUAUGCACAUAUCCACAAUUUAUUCGCGACAACGGUGUCAGAGGCUAGCGCUUCCUUCGUGGUUGCUUCCAGAGUUGAACGCAUCGGUACAAUUCCAUCAUGCUCCGUUUCCAUUCGGAUAUCCACCUCCCGAGCAUCUCGUUGUCCCUGAUUCGUGUGCUGUGGAGACAGCCUCCUUUAGCGCAUCUAUGCCAUUUUCAUCGGGACAUCCACCCCUCAAGCACUUCGGUCUCGCUGAUCCGGUCCUUCAACAUGCUGCUGAAAUGCCUGUCAUUGGCACGUCUGCGCCAUGUUUGGAUUACACUGAUCUUGCAUACAGUGACUUCAACUUCUACGACCACUCCACUGGCUAUUCUGCAAGCGCCGUUGACGAGUAUCUCAUUCCAGAGGACACAAAUGAAACACAACUCGAGCUAGCCUUCGGUGAGCAGCAACACACCAUGUAUCCCAGCCUGGAAUGGAGAGACUCCACCAAUACCGGCGUGGACAAGAACAACCGCUCACCAAUACUUCGUUACAUGAGGAGGACGCCCUGGGAAUCGAAUAAUCACGCUAACAAGACCUACGAGGACAUGGAGUCCCACCCAGUGAUCGCGAGGAUUUCAGAGACCGAAACCGUGUCUGCUGGAUGGCCUGUGCUUCGCUUAAGUCUGGUUAAGUCGUUCUCCAGUGCCAAAUCGGACCUAGGAAAAAUCCUGAAAGGUGCGAUGUCAGCGCACCCCGACUUUGCCGGUACCAAGACGAUCGAGAAGGCUAUCUCCUUCGUUCUGGCUCUUAACUCGGGCCAAUCCUCUCAGAUCCAGCAAGCAAUUUCGGACCUCAUAAGUCACCAGGUUUACCAUAUUCUACUUCUCAUGGUGAAGGAUGAAUUAAAGAAGAGGAAGAUCAUGAGCGAAGCCAGAGGGUCGGAAACGAAGCUGAGGCCGAGGUCGAGAUCGCUGCAAAGUCGCGACUUGCGAAAAGCACUAUCUCUGACACUACUGGUGACAGGCGAAAUGGUCCUGGAAGACGUUCGGCCUAUCGUUGUUCAGCCAAUCCCCUCUGAUCAGUUUGGCGCGCUUCCCAAUAGCAACGGCUUUAGUUCCCCGAAGUCUCUGAGAGUCGCGUGGGACUUGCCCAUGUCAUCAUUCUCGCGCAACUUGAAGAGCACACAUCGCACAGAGCUCGAAAUUGGCAGAGCAGUCAAACACUGCAUGGUAUUGAGAUACGAUCACAAGAGGUUCAAAUUCGCAUCAUGCCAUGGGCUAACUACGUCACUGAUCGGCGGAAACAGUACGGCCCAAAGUACGGCUGGCUGGUAUUCCCGUCCGGCAAACCUCGGCAAACAGUCAGAUACAUUCGGAGUUAGAAAUUAA